AUGGGCGCAGAAGGACACGGGCGGCGCGGUGAAUCCGGGGAGGGUGCGCGAGCUGCGCAAGGGGCUGCGGCGGACGGGGCCUGUGCGCAUACCUCCUCCCCGCGCCGCAUUCAUUACACAGGCGCGGGAGAGGGGAGAGGCAGUGGCGGUGGUGUUCAACCUGGUGGACGGCAUAGUGGACUCAAACCUUUUCCCUUCUUUACCCUCUUCUUCCCCCCCGGGCGCCCCCCGUUCCCCUUCCCCCCCUCCCCGUGCACACACCACGCGCAAGAGAGGGGAGAGGCAGUGGCGGUGGCGUGGGAGAAGGGAGAGGCAGUGGAGGUGGUUUUCAACCUCGCGCGGGAGAGGGGAGAGGCAGUGGCGGUGGUGUUCAACCUGGUGGACUCCUUCCUGGGCGCCAAGGCGCGGCACUUCGCAUUCAUGCUGCGCGGGCUGAGAGAGGUGCAGGGCUCCUUUGCGGCGCUCGGGAUCCCCUUCUUCCUCUUCCAGGGCAAGGCAGAGGAGACGGUUCCGGACUUUGCAAUGCGAUGUGGCGCGUCGCUAUUGGUCACCGACUUCUCCCCGCUGCGCAUCGGGAGGCACUGGCGCGAGGGGGUGUGUGCGAGGCUGGCAGAUCUGGAGCUCAGCCAAUCAGGAAGCGGCAGCAGCAGCAGCAGGCAAGGGGCCACAUUAGCAGACAGAGCAGCAGAAGGAGAAGCAGGAGAAGCGGCAGGAGGGAGGGAAGGGACGGCAGGGAGGGAUGAGCUGUGGGACGCGCAGGUGGGGCUGACAGGUGUGCAUGAGGUGGACGCCCACAACGUGGUGCCCAUCUGGGCCGCUUCAGACAAGUUAGAGUACGCCGCCCGCACCAUCCGCACCAAAAUACACCGGAAAUUGCCAGAGUACUUGGUGGAGUACCCCCAGUUGGAGCCGGGGUGCACUGUGGAGUGGACAGGGGAGAAGCCGUCGCCUGUGGACUGGGACUCGUUAAUAGCUGCUGUGAUCAGGGCUGGUCCCGAGGUACCAGAGGUUGACUGGAUAGUCGCAGGGGAGGCAGCAGCAGCAGCAGGGCUGAAGACGUUUCUAGACAAGAGGUUGAGGGGGUACGACAGCGGGCGCAACGACCCGUCUAAGGGUCCCACCACCCUGUCGGGGCUCUCCCCCUGGCUGCACUACGGACAGGUCGCCCCCCAACGGUGCGCCCUGGAGGCGAGGAAGCUGAGGAAGCAGCACAGCAAGGCAGUGGACGCGUUUUUAGAGGAGCUGGUGGUGCGGAGGGAGCUGGCGGACAACUACUGCUUCCACCAGCCGCUGUACGACUCACUGGGGGGCGCGUGGGGGUGGGCGCAGCAAUCCCUGGACGCACACCGCGCAGACAAGAGAGAGUUUGUUUACACGGCAGCGCAGUGGGAAGCAGCCAAGACGCACGACCAGCUGUGGAACGCCGCUCAGCUGGAGCUGGUUCACUACGGCAAGAUGCACGGUUUCAUGCGCAUGUACUGGGCGAAGAAGAUUCUAGAGUGGUCUGAGUCACCAGAGGAAGCUCUCAGAAUAGCAAUCGAGCAGAAUGAUAAGUACUCAUUGGACGGUCGCGAUCCCAACGGCUAUGUAGGCUGCAUGUGGUCCAUUGCGGGCGUGCACGACCAGGGCUGGGCGGAGCGCAAAGUGUUUGGCAAGAUUCGUUAUAUGAACGCAGCGGGGUGCAAGAGGAAGUUUGACGUGGAGGCUUAUAUAGGGUACGUGCGGCGCAUGGUGGCUGCAGUGAAGAAGAAAGGCCCGGCUGCUGUUUCUCCAGGCGGUGCUGCUGCCUCCCCCGCUGCCACUGCCAAUGCUGCCACUGCAACUGCUGCCCGUCUUAGGGCUGGUAAACCCACAGCCUAG